AUGUCAUCCCAAUCCGCUCUGCUUCACCCUCCGCUUCCGCUCGGCCUCAUCUGGCAUCUCGUCUUCACUUUCAUCAUCGACCACGGCGUUAUGUUGUGAUUUGUGAACUUGUUUCUCAGUUUCAGGAACUUUCAUCCUAUGUUUGGGUUUAUUUACCUUUUGAAAGGGAAGCACCUAAGUGACCACAAUCUGCUAUAUGCAAGUCUUCCUCUCCGUGUCCUAAAGAGGGGAUAGAAAUCUAAGUUCCCGCAGAUGGAGUUCAAUGAAGAUCCCGGGCCAAUCGAUAAAUCUGUACUUUAUGAUCAAGAUAAUCAUGUUUCUUCAGCAGUUUGGGACGGUCAGGAGCGUGGUGUUCUUAGAUGUCAUGAACACACUUCAAUGCUUGAUCAGUGGAAGCUCAAGGCUAAACAGAUUGAGUUGGUUGAGAAGGCUGGUUUUGGUUACCUAAGAUUGCUUCCUGCUAUGAGUCUUGACAAUGCACUGAUAGCAGCUUUGGUAGAGCGGUGGAGAAGAGAAACAAAUACCUUUCACUUGACUGUUGGAGAAAUGACAAUAACCCUUGAAGAUGUAGCACUGUUACUUGGAUUAGCAAUUGAUGGAGAUCCGGUCAUAGGUCCAAUCAGUACACCAAGUUCAGUUUGUGAAAAAUUGCUUGGGAGAGUACCGGAGGAUCUGAAUGGUGGAAUGGUGAAGCUUACUUGGCUGAAGGAAUUCUUUUCUGAGUGUCCUGAAGAUGCACCAGCAGAAGAGAUUGAGUGUUGCACUCGUGCCUACCUUCUAUACCUAGUGGGAAGUACGAUAUUUUCCACAACAACUGGGAACAAAGUACCUGUAAUGUACCUUUCUUUGUUUGAGGAUUUUGACAAGGCUGGGAAGUUUGCUUGGGGUGCUGCAGCAUUGGCAUUUUUAUAUAGAGCCCUUGGCAAUGCGUCCCUUAAAUCUCAAAGUACCAUUAGCGGCUGUUUAACUCUAGUACAGUGUUGGAGUUAUUCUCGCCUCAAUGUUGGUCAACCAAAGUUUAAUCAAGAACCAGAGAGUAAUUGCUUCCCCUUUGUACUUAGAUGGAAAGGGAAAAGUGGUUCAAGAGCUAAAUGUAAUGUCGUAACCUACAGGAAGGCUUUGGAUUCUCUUGACCCUUGCAAUGUCCAGUGGCUUCCUUAUAGGGAUAUGGACUGUACAACUAUACUAGAAGAUAUAAGAGCCAGUCUAAUGUUACGUGCAUCUAGAACAAUGUUAUUAUGUUUUGACAAGGCAGAAAGGCACCUUCCAGAUCGCUGCUUAAGGCAAUUUGGGAUGCGUCAAACAAUUCCACAGGAAGUGCAACGGUGGGAGAGGAAGAGUCGUAUAGUGGACCACGGGGUGGACUUGCUGGGGAGAAUGGAUCUGCCACUCAAAGAAUGGUCAGAGCGUUGGCUUUAUAUUGUGGAAAGUGAUGACACUGUCAGUGAGGAUGAGUACAUGCAGUGGUACCAGAAGAUUACUCGAAGAUAUAUUGGAAGGGUUACAUCAUCUCUGGAGUCAGAGUAUCAGAGAACUGUUACUGCAAUGAGGGAAAUUGCAAACAUAGCAGAUAUAGUGUCCGCAGGAGGAUUGGAUCCUUAUAAUAGAGAGUUGCUUGAUGAGGUUAGGAACAUUGUAAAUAAAUGUUUAGCAGAGCAGUUUGAAGAUUUGCCAAAUGACAAACUGAGAAAGAAGGGAAGUCGGAAACGUAGGCAAAAAGAUUGCCUAACUACAGAGUAUGAAUAAUAUGGUACCAGACUACAUAAUAAUCACCUAGGCUAAUUUUGAGUUUAACUCAUUGAUGCCAUAACAUGAGGUUGGUCAAGCAUACAAGAAUGAUACCUAAACAUCACACGAACAUAAU